CCGCUGCUGCUCCUCCGGAGUUCCUUCAUUUCUAGUACAGUUUGGCGUCCGUCCUCGGUGCCAACAACGUUUCCUAUCCUUUCGAACGAUAGCUUGCGAUUCGUUGACUCAACUCUCCAGCAUUCAAGCAAAGAGGCACUGCUCGCUAGAUACAGGGCUGUUGACGCGAACAGCAUGGGAACAGCAAUGACCCAGCCUGCUUUUGCAAAUCCGUGCGGAAGAUAUAAUAUAGCUGGCCCCACCAUCCCCUUUAUAAUUCCUACAACGGCCGACUUCAAGUCCCCGCCGAGUCCAUGUGCGUGUGGAUCUACCGAACUCGCUGCCGUAGGAUUGCGUCCGAUAGAAGUUGGACUGGCAUCGUUACCUCCUUGCAGUUGCGAUUUGUAACUAAACUCGUCGUGGCUGUGAUCGCCAUCUACGAAGCGGUCUUCCAUGUCCAAAGGUGAGAAUUUUAUUCGGUUCGUCGGGGUAUUGGUUCUCUUUUCGUUCAUCGUCCCAACUAGAAUAUCCUUGUUGUGUAGACCUCUUGCCGUAUCCUUCCCACGCCAAUUCGAAACCACGAGCGAAAAACUAACCGAAAUGCUAUUAUUUAUUGGAGGCACCUACCGGUAGCAGUAGGGAAGACUCGUAGUACCGAACGGAGUACCGUAUGAUAUUUUGAGUACCAACUGUUGCACAUGCUUUUUCUCUCAAAAUCAUCAUACAUACGAUACCGGAUUCUGUGGCCUACCGGUACAAGUAUGUAGCAUACGUUGGAACAAAAUGUAAGUUGCCGAGCGAGCUGACCGAACAAGACCCGUGCUUUACUCGCUCAAAAAGAUGGCAAAGACAGAGAUUCAAAAAUUAAUUUUUGAACAAGUGAAGAGUAAGAGAACAGAUGGUACGACUUCGUACCCUACCUACCACAUACUUCUACCUAAUAAAGUCUCUGAACUCUCUCACCCACCCUAGCAACGCUACCGGACGGUACAAGUACGCCAGCACAAGUGUUCACGGGGGGAUAUUAUUUGAUAUUUGGCGUUUUCUUAGAGUUGGGGAUAAUACUAAUAUUUUGUAGGAAUCAAGCAAUCUGAUUGGCUGAUUGGACAGAAAAAAAUUUGCAGUCCCUCAAAAUUCUAUUUCCACGUGUGACAAUCACGAGUAGAUAGUGAAUGAUUUUGAAUAGUACAAAUCCUCUGUAGAAUUUAUUUUCAAUAAUUUUGAUCUGUCUAAUCAGCCAAUCAGAUUGUUUGAUUUCGUAUUAUCCCUAACUCCAAGAAAACGCCAAAAAUCAAAUAAAAUCCCCUUUUCGUGUGUUUUGAACACUUGUGCCAGGCCACGCCACAUACACCCUACAUUGUACCGCCCGCAGGGGUCAUGCAUCGAAAUUUUUGUCCAUCACAGAGUACUACUCGUAUGUACCGUACCGUACGAGAAAAAAUAGAAACUCAAAUUCCAACCAAAACGACUAAAUAGAUUGCAGGGCGGUUUCGACCGAAAAUAAUUCGUUUUUUUUUCAUUCUCCCAUCUCCAUUUCCCCUCUCCCCCCUCCCUCCACACAAAACAACUAGUCCUUUAAUAUUUCUAUUUGUGGUCCUUACUACUGGAGAGGUAAUUUCAUUGCUUACUACUUCUUGAGAAUUUCAAUAAGUGCUUACUACUGGACAACCUCUAUUUACUAGUGCUUGCUAGUGGGGACAAAAUACUAUCAAUGAGCACUGCAAACUGCUGGGGGGUACUAACAAGAAGGGUGCUGUUCCGUACUAGUACUAGAUGCUGCUCCCACCAGUAGUAAGUAAUGAAAUUACCUCUCCAGUAGUAAGGAUCACUAGUACUAAUAGAAAUAUUGAAGGACCAGCAAUAAAUUAAAUAAUUGGAAUCAUUUUUUUUACUGUAAAAAUGAGCCUAAAAAUUUUGUUAGUGUUUGUAUGGGGACCAUGGAAAACCAGCCAGCAUUUUGCUCUCCAGUAGAAAAAUAGUUUACCGCCCUGCAAUCUAUUUAGUAGUCUUUCUGCCAAACUUCCAAAAUGUCCCCCCAGGAUUUUUUAAAUUCUCAGUUUUACUGCAAAAUACUAGUAAAACUACCCAGCCUAUAAGCAGUUACAGCUUCUUUAUAAAAAAAAUAACUAUUUUAAUUUUUGAGUAACCAGUCUAGUAGCCCAGCUUUUACUGUUGAUUCUGAAUAUUCUAUUUUGUUGGAUAUCAAAUGUAUUUUUUGGUACAAUUUUACUGAGAAGAAAAGAAUACAUGAUAUCAUAUAGGCUGGGCCAAGCAAAAAAGCACGGUUUAAACCGUACAUUAGCACCAAUUCAAUAUAUACAUAAACGAAUAUCAGUCAAUAUUUGUCGUACGCCGUACUCCCCCACGCCAUUAGAAAGCUCUUUGAAUUCUCUUUUCAACCAUGUGCUUAUCAUACUUAAGCGUCCGUUGGGGAAAUUUAUAGCCGAAACGGUCAGUUCAAGACUGAAACAGUUAUACGGUUAAAUUAUAUGUGUGCGUGGAUUAGCAGCCAUCUAAUUACCGUGUAAUGACUCGUGGGAUUAAAAAUUUGACUUGUACUAGGCCUACAGCAUGCACGUGAAAGCAACUCGUGGGAUUAAAAAUUUGCAUGUGUUCGGAGCCAAAAUUGUUGGUUGAGCACGUGCGCGCGAAACUAUUUGGUYGCAUGAAUGCGUGCCCGCUGUACACUGCAGUACAAGCCAAUUUUUAAUCCCACGAGUCGUUACACGGUAAUUAGAUGGCCRCKAAUCCAAGGUUUAAACCGUACAUUGGCUGGCCAAGCCUAUACGAUAUUACCACCAGUGUAAACAGUAGCUGGAGGAGGGAAGCACUACCACCACUAUCUACUAGUGGUAUACUGCUGCUGGUACUACUACUACUACUACUACUAGUACUGUGGUAGAGUUUGUCAAAGUAACACUAUUACUACUUUUACUACUACUACCACCACCAGCACUAGUAGUAGUACUACUACCUAGUAGUAAUACUAGUAGUAUUGGUACUCAAUUAACAAUACUACUAGUGACUACUAGUAGUACUAGUAUUAUUCUAGUGCUACUAGUAGCUACUACUACUACUACUACUACUACUACUACUACUAGUAGUAGUACUAGUGUUGUGUUACAAAAGAGUAAGGUCACACCCGAUUGUUGCUACCAAAUGUAUCAUAUGUAUGGUAGUACAAAGAAAAACCUCAAUCAAUCAAGUGAGAAAUCACAGUCAAAAUACACGCAAAUAACACAAAAUUGAUGAAAUCUGGCUUGAUCAAAUCAUCAAUUCCAAUGCUUUUGCUCCGACAUUUCCGUGUCAGAGAUUUCUCCGACAUUUCCAAGCACCAAAAGCAAGCUGGAAACCACAAUCAAAAUACCCACCAAAAAAUAGAAGAGAUGGAAUCUGGCUGUUGAAAUAGGCUACACAUGUACACUAGUAGAGUGAGAGAUCCAAUCAAGGGGCUGAUUGAAUUCAAUCUGCUGGCAUCAAGAGUGCCCCUCAAGCAUCUGCUAGCAGCUCUUGCCAAAGCAAAUCCAAUUCUGGAUCGGACAAGACCACAUACUUGAGAGUAGUUCCUUCCCCACUUGGAAGCAAGCCUGGAGGCAAGCUGCUUGCAAGCUGCAAUUGCCUCUGGGCCCUCCAUCCCAUCAAUGGAGUAAACAAGAGAUGUGAAGUGCCAAUGGGCCUGAUGACAAGGGUCCUGGUACUUGUCCUUCUUCUCUUGCUCUUGUGACUGGAGGACACACAGUGGAGCCUUGUUUUCAUAGGAAGAUGAACCAGUAUCCAUGAUCCUGACAUCAAACACUGCUGUGGUGCCCAGCUUCCAAAAUCAAUGCACUGUGAGAUUGCCUCUGAGCUCUCAUGGUGGUGGUGGGGUAUUGCAUAGGCAUUGGUUUUGAGCAGGUGGUGGCUGAUAGAUAGGUAUUUGUGGUUCAUCAGUAACACUACUUGAUGUCAAAGCCUAGGCACAGAACUGGUGCCCUUUGCCUGCAAUGUUGUUGUGGCAGUGGAGGAUGAACCCACUGUUUCUGCAGGACAUGGUGUGUUUGACUGAGAAGGUGACACUGCAUCCAUCACACUGCUUGGGGAGGUGAAGAGGAUGGAGGUCAAAUCUCAGUUGGAGGUUGUCUCAAAAUUCUCUGGCUGACAAAAUGGUCCCAUUGAAGAUAUGGGGUGUGGCAUUCAGCCAGGCACCAGUCGCUUGUCCCUGUUGGAUGCGGCUUCAGACUUUUGGAGACCAGGUCAGAAGCAGGGUGUCAAGGGAGGCUUUCAGUGACUCUAUGUAUUGCUUUUGGUGUUCCCCCAGGUGGCGCCAAACAUUGUUGCAUUAAGUCUGUGCGUCAAGUUCUUCAGAAUUUCGAGGGAGGCAAUGAGGUUGCUGGUGGCCCCAACAGACAUGUUGAAGUUUUCCUGGGCCUUGGCCUUGUUGGGAAUGGGGAUCCCAAGGCUGGAAAAUUUCACUGGGAAUUCCAGCAAAUCUUGGAGACUGGCGGUGGUUUUGAUAGUGACGCCAAGUAGUGCCAGCAAAAAUUCCUCUGUCAAAGCCUUUUCAACUGGUGCAAAAGAGUCUGCCACAUUGGGAACCACACAUUGGAGGUAAGAAGUCCAUUUGGACUGCAACGACAUGGUCAACCCAGAAAAGGCUGAAGGCUGCCUGUGGAUACUGUCAUGCAGCGCCAGCAAAAAGUCAUAUGCUGUUGACCCAUUUGUUGAUAUGGGACUGGAGCCAAGCUUCCUUGGCUGCAGCAGUACCAAUAAAUCCUCCAAUAUAGCAGUGCUUGUCCUGAAAAUCAAAAUUGCAUUCCUGGAGGAUUGUGUGAGAUUGGGAGCGGUGAACCUGGAGGCCCCACAAAAAUACUUUUUGAUGGCUCUGGAAAAUAUCUGCGUUCUGGGCCCAACCAUAGGAGGAAUUACAUGGUUCCAGCAAUGUCAUUGACUCUUUCAUGCAUGGCAGCAUAAUUGUUGGUAUACCACGGCUGGACUACAUCUGGAAAUGCAGUUUGAAGAGUUUUGGCAAGUGGAACCAAGGCCAGACUUUAGAGGAUUGCAUCAUCAACAGGGGAUCCCCCUGGGUGAUCCUUUGCAAGAGUGUAAAACCAAACAGGGAUCUGUGGAUGAUUGGUCUCAGAGAAUCAGCUUGGCAGAAAAUGCUGGUAGCCAUUGGAGCAGAACUGAGCCCCUGCAGGCCAGAGGUGUUGAAUGGUCCAAAAGAGGGCCUUGCACCUGAUCUCAAUGAAACUGUUUCAAGCAUCAACAUGGAGUGUUCCCUCUGGGUCCUCCAGAUUCAGAGGAUGCCAUUUGGUCUGUGGUGAUUUGGUUUGGGUGACUGUGAUAUCACCAUUUUGCCUUGGUCUCUCUGGCUGUGUGCCAGUCUGGCAUCAUUGGGAUGACAGCCAGGCGGGGGCACAAAUGUGUGCCUCCCAGAUGGCAUGGGAGGCCCCCUCCAUUCAGACUUGCAUCCCAGCACAUAAAUUAAAAUUGCUGAACUGGUCAGUGGCAAGUGGGCCUGCUGCUUGUAGAAUGGUCUUGGCCAUGAGUUGCCAGUAUAUCUUGCUGAUUCUGACAGGCCAAACUCCAGGUUGUUUGUCAAGUGCCACGAGGCAGCAUGCCAUGAAGGCACAAAAGGAGGCCCAUGGAGGAUGGAGAUUAGCUAGCCAAUUUGUCAGAUCUGUGGUAGGGACCUUGGGGUAGGGCUGAAAUACUCCAUCUAUUGUGCCAAGAUUUCUCGGAUUACACAGAGGAGGAUGCUUUGAUUUCAACACUUCGAGAACUGGCCUUCUGGUUUUUGUGCAGGUGUCCUCCGGAUGCAAAACACCUCCACUGUCUUGGUUGGUGAGGGUUUGGCACACAGCUUGGAUCCAUCCCAAGAGAAGUUUAUCAUUGAAGGCCCAAAAAGCUUUGUCAUCAGUUUUGAGGGUGGUGAGCCCAUGGCUGAGACAAGCCUAGGCAGCUAGGUCAUCAAUGAGAGGACCGUAAUUUCUGGCAUCCCAAUGGUUGAUCUGUUGCUCCAGUAGGCUUUGGAUGCCACUAGCCUUUUUCACCCCAUGUGCUUUGUUCAGGAUCACUGCCACAAAUACCAAGAGAUGUUUGGAGUUCCACUCUCUCAAAAGUACCCUUGUAGCUCUGCACAAAAUCACUGAAGAAACAUUUCCCCACACAAUUCUGGGGGACUAGGUACCAUCGGGGUCUUAUGUUGACAAUCCGUUUCCAAAGGUGUUGCCACAGGACAUCAUCCACAAUGCCUCCUGUGAGAUGGGUUCCUGGGUUGCUGUGAACGUGGUUGCCAUAGAUUUUUUCCCUUUUGGAAUCUGCCUCGGUGAGCACAUAAUCCUCGAGAUCCGCCCCCUCAUCCGGAACUGGAAGAUCUGGCCUAAUUGUGGUCAUAUGGGUGGGGGUUGGGAAUCUAGAGGCAGUGGUGUUUUGUCGCAACUUUGGGGGAUAACUGCCCUUGCUGUUCUUUCUGCAUGUAUUGCCUGCACCUCUGCCACAGUCCUACUUUCAGCCUCAGGAUGAUGAGGGGCCUCAUUCCUUCACUUCUGCCACUAUUCUUGUCUCUGUCUCCUGGCCUGAGACCUAAUAUCCAAUCAUUGUUGUGGAGUUGCGGAUUGAGCCUCCGCAUUAGCCUCCAAAUGAGCUUCCAAAUUUGGCGCUGGGCAAGGCACCGGGUGAGCAUUAUUUGCUUUAUGCAAAGAAGCCUCCUCUGCAAAAGCAGCAUUGUGUUCCUCACUCAAAGCCAAUUACCAUGAAGAUGCAGAACAAGCCUGCAAAUGAGGUGCGGGGCAAUGCAGAUCGGCAUUGGUUGCCUCACACAAAGAUGCCUCCACAUCAGCAUCAGCCUCUGAAUGUGGCCCCAGGGAAGUCAUUGAAGCAUUAUUACUUGUCUCACACACAGAAGCCUCCACCAAAGCCUCCAAAGUUGCUGCAGAAGCCUCUGUUGUAUGAAUUGCUGCAGCAUCCACAGCAGCGCUUGUAGCUUUGGGUGUUGCAGUGGUUGGUGCAUCCAUAGCAUUAGGGUCCGCAUCGGAAUCCUCCAGAUCUGAAUCUUCCUCCUCCUCCAAUGAAAAUGAUGCACCUUAUUGAGGAAUAUCUUGAAGAAUUGCAUCCAAAGUAGCAGUGGAUGUGUACUUGGCAGAGACAUUGGUGAUAUGCUUGUUCUUUGCCUGAUGCAGGUCGAAGGCCACCUCCCAUUCUGUUACUGAGUCCUGCAUCAGUGGUGCAGCAGCUGCUCUGUGCCUAUCUGCAUCAAUGUUGUUGUUGUUGUUGUUGUUGUUGUUGUUGUUGUUGUUGUUGUUGUUGUUGUUGUUGUUGUUGUUGUUGUUGUUGUUGUUGUUGUUGUUGUUGCUGCUGUUGUUGUUGUUGUUGUCAUCAUCUUCGUCGUUGUUGUCAUCGUCAUAGUCAUUGUCGUAGUCAUAGUCAUAGUCGUAGUUGUUGUCGUAGUUGUCGUCGUAGUCAUCGUCAUACGUAUCAUCCUCAUCAUCCGUAUCUUGUCCUGGAGCCCCUGGAGGGGGACCAAAAGCUGCUGGAUCAGUGCCUUUGGGAACGGGUCUAUUGGAUCUAGAUUGGGGGCGAUGCUGCAAAGGGGGGGGGGGUCUGUAGAAGAAGGAACCGAUGCCACCGGAGGCACUGUAGGCCUCCAGUGUCAUUGUUAUUGGCUUGUAUCUGUUCUUGAGCUGAUUAAUGCAAGCACAGCUUACACAGCUUCUUCCAGACCCCAAACAGCUGCACCCAGACACCUUGCCUGCCAGAACACGUGACCAUGUGCUGAAUUUGGUGCAUUCACAGCAAGGAAGAGGCUUUUGCCUCUUGUAGUCUCUGCUCGCAUGCCUGUUGUUGUUGUUGUUUUUGAGUUUUCAUCCAUUUUUGCUGGUGUCUGAUAUUCUCACUGUGUAGGUCUCAGUAGGAAUUCUACACAAGAAAAGAACAGUAACUGUGAAAAAUGACCACUUUCCAACUUCAGCGCCGUGAACUUCAACAGAGCUGGGGGAGGUCUGUAGAGCCUCUACUAGUAGCCUAAUCCUGAGCACACUUUCAGAACCCUCUACUAUAGACUAACUAUACUAAACUAACACUCACAGCUACUUGAAUUGACUUGAUCCCAGUCAGGUAGUAGUAGGCGUAAUAGUAGCUAGUAUGGAAAUUAUGUUCAUUUUUCAACAGUAAAAUAGUACCAAAAAAAUAAAAAUUCAUUUCAUUUCCAACAGAAUGGUAUAUUCAGAAUCAGCAUUAAAAACUGGGCUAGACUGGCUACUCAAAAAUUAAAUUUGUGGUAUUUUUUUAUAGCAAAGCUGUAAGUAACUGUUUAAACAAGGUGGGAUAGUUUUACUACUAAUUUUAUGCAGUAAAACCUGGGGGGAUUUUUUGGAAAUUUGGACCAAGAAAGGUGGAAUAUGGGUUUUCAAUGCAUUGCACACCCCUCUAAAUUAUGACCCCUGAUGACUGCCUGCACGUACAGAAUGAAAAAAGAACUACUACUAGUAGUAGUACAGGAUCAAACAUGAAAUAUAGCAUGUAGUACAUGCUUUGCAUAUUCUUAUGAUACAUUGGGUGAUCCCCAUAAACAUAGUAGAAUCUAUGCUGACAUACUUUGCUUCUACUAUGACUCAAGGGGAAGGAGUAUGUAAACAUAUAAUCAUAAAUAGUAGUAAAAAGUAAAAAGGCUGAUUCGGAAGGGUCCUUUACCGUAGUACAGUAAAGGCAGGGGUCAUAAAUUUAUGAACCCUGAGUAAAGGUACAAACUAUGAGAACUGUAGCGAAAACAUGGAAGCAAUAGAGCUGAAAAGCGACAAUCGUGCAUAUGGGCAUGUGUAUGUACCUGGUACAACUUGAGUACGAGCAGUUCAAAAUUAACAUAAUGAUACAACGGAUACGACUCUGGCUAUUCUUAGAGUACAUCGAGAUAUUUUCUGAUUCCAUAGCAGUCGUCUUUUGUCAACUAAGUAAAUUUUAUUAUGCCAACGAAGUCUUUCCAUGGAAGUGAGUUCUUCGUACUUUGAAAUGCUAUAGAUUCCAGUUAAUGAAAUAAUGUACUUAAAAGGAAGCUUAAAUAAUCAUUUUCUUGAUACUAUCCAAUAGAGAAAAUAACGAAACAAGUGAGUGAGUACCAGUACAGCACGAUGGAGACCGAUUGUAGAAACUCUGUAUCGGUACGAGUAAGAGUGUUAACAACGAGUUCCUCUUUCAUCCUACUUAAAGGCAUUGGUCACUUCUUUGUUUAGACUCUAGAAAGUCAGCAAAAUUUCACACGACCAAAUCUUACGGUUACCGAUGCCCUAGUAGAAAAGUAUUGAGAUAUUUCGACAAGAACACAUUUCCUGGAAACCGUUGCUACGAACACGGGAAUCGAAAAGUAAAAUGCUUUCAUCUUCUUUGGGGAAUUGGGAAGAGCUUCGUCGGAAUGAAAGCGCAAACAUCCUCCGGCGGGAACGUGACCAGGUCCUCGACGUUCUCCAAAAUUACAUAAACGAAGAAGAUGAAGGACCCGCUAAGAACAUUGCGUUUUGUCACCUUGUGUCGCUCAUGCCGUUUAAUGCCAUCCAGAACCAAACGAGCGACGGAUAUAAUGACUUUGCCUACGAAGCAUCGGUUGCAAUAGCAAUGGCCAUAAGCCAUUUGAACGAGGGAAAUGGAAUUCUUGUGAAAGAAGUCGAGGGUUUGAAUGAGCGAUGCAACAUCCGCUUCACAGCAGAAUUCAUUGGUAAGCAGUAAACAAUGGGCUCAUUCAAAGAAAUAGAAUUGUGGCGUUCUUCCUCGAUGAAAAAUUCUGGGUCUAAUUAACCCUAUUCUUUUUCUUUAGAUACUCAGCUUGAUCCAGGAAUAACCAUGAAUCGAAUUUUAGAAUUGACCGAUACGUCGGGGACCAGGCAUCCUAGUGCCUUCUUGGGAGCCUUCCGAUCGGCCGUUUCCGGGCCCUCUAGCAUCAUCACCGGGCUUCAAGGCUACCCACAGAUAUCCGGAGCUUCUACAAGUGCCCUGUUGGAUGACAAGAAUCAAUAUCCGAAGUUCGCGAGAACAAUUCCCUCAGACGACGGUGUUGCUACAUCCAUCAUUCAGUAUUUCUCUACCUUUCUAGGAUUGGAGCACCUGGCUGUAAUUAAUAUAAACGACUCAUAUGGAAACUCGUUCGUGAGAGGAUUAAAAGUCGCAGCUGCGAAGCAUGCUCCAAACAUGAAAAUCGCUCAGAUACCGAUUGAGGAAAACGACGAAUCGAUCAAGCAAGCAAUUGAAUCUUUAAAACAAACAAACUACAGGUUCGUCUUUUGUAUCACCUUCAAACCAUGGUUUGAUGUUAUCAUGGAAGAAGCAGCACGGAUGGAGGCAGCAGGAGAUGGCAAGUAUAAUUGGAUGUUUCCCGAUUCAUUCUCUGGUGCUCUGAGUCAUCGAAAGUUCGAAAGAGGUUCCCUAUUGCAAAAGGCAUAUCAAGGUACCGGAAUGCUGACAUCCUCUGCCAAAUCUGGUUCGAAAUUUCAGUCUUUUUCGUCUAGCAUGCAAGCUUUAAAAAACGAGGAAGACUUCCAAUAUUUGAAAACGCUCAUCCCACGUUUUGAUCAGACUCCUUUUUUCGAGCUCAACAGCACUUUCAUGCACCCUAUCAAUUAUGACUACACAGUGUUCUUCUACGAUGCAGCUAUUCUUUUGGGACUUGCUGUGUGCGAAGCUACCGGAGAUGAUUUGAGAAUCACAGGGAAUACAUUGUACGACCAAAUUGCAAAAUUUUCUUCGUUUCAGGGAGUAUCUGGUACCGUCGCUCUAGACCCAAACACGGGAACUAGAGAACCAAACAGUGCACUCUACACUCUAACAAACUUUGUCGAAAGAGGAGGAAUAGAUGAAGAAAAUGGGAUGGAUAUGGUGGAGUUUGAAACAAUUACAACAGAUCAGUACUCGAACGGAACAUGGUCAUCAAUUCUAAACUAUACGUUCAACGAUGGUACUUCAAAUCGGCCUUUGGGAAUCCCAUCGCCAUCGACCGAUAAAAACCUCAUUGAAUCGUCGAUACGUUCGGUGAUGUGUACAUUGUGCGCUCUCACCAUGCUUUUGUCUAUUGGAUUUGCUCUAUGGACAUGGUAUUUUCGAAAAACAAAAGUUGUAAGGGCAAGUCAACCAUUUUUCCUUUUGCUGAUAUGUCUAGGAAGCUUCAUCAUGGGAAGUACCAUAAUAUCUCUCCAAUUUGAUCAUAAAAUUGCAGAUCUCGAUGGAAACAAUAUCGCAUGUAAUGCGGUAGCCUGGCAAGCAUUUAUUGGUUUUGGCAUUGUGUUCUCUUCUAUCGUAUGCAAGACGCAUAGGAUCAACAUUGUUAUGCGAAAUGCUCUUAGAUUCUCAAGGAUUACAGUUACAGUCGAGGAUACAAUCAAACCAGUUUUGUUGUUAACAUCACUGAAUAUUUUAUUAUUGUCUCUGAUGACGGCGCUGAACCCAAUCACUUAUGAAACUCAGAUUGUCGAGGCCGAUGAAUUUGAUCAACCGUUGGAGACCUACUCAUAUUGCUCAUGGAACAACUCACUCCGCUAUGUAAUUCCUCUAGCGGUGGUGAACCUGAUAAGUGUCAUUGUUGCGAUUGUAGAAGUAUGGAAAGCAAGACAAAUUGCCACCGAAUUUUCCGAAUCGCAAUAUAUUUUCAGAGCACUGAUAUAUAUGGUGGUGGUCUUCUUUAUUGGUGGACCUAUCAUAUUUAUUGCAAGCGACAAUCCGAAUGCAUUGGCAUUUGUAUCAAGUGGAAUCAUUUUUGUCGCGACUUGUGGCAUACUACUGCUGAUGUUCAUCCCAAAAAUUAUUUACCAGCGGAAGCGAUAUCUGAUGAAGAAAAAAGGAACGAACAAAAACAGAUAUUCGUUUAGCUUGGGUCCCAGCUUAACGGAUUCUAAUGCCCUCGAAUCCGACUAUUACAAUACCGGAGGUGAGAAGAUCUUGACCACUAAAACGCAAAAGGAGCUCUCCGAAGAAGUAAAGAUGUUGAAACGUCUUUUGAAAGAAGCCAGGGGGACCAAAAAAAACGAAUCCGAAAGGACACCAUGUGAUCAGUUUCAAGUUGUUGAAGGAGAAAACGGAAAUAGCGGUGAUGAUAUCGUAGAAAGUGAGGAUAUUUGACAAUCCCUUGACUCAUGGUAAUUCGGAAAUACUUCACCGAAAGCGUCCACAGAAUCAUAUUGUCAUGGGUGAAAGAUAAGAGGAGAUCGCAGACGAGCACAUAAAAACUGGAACCUGCAAUUGACUAAGUGUCAUCACACAAGAAGUCAAUGCUAGUACCGGUUCUGUAGCUUGGUUUAGAAAACACAAGUGUUGUAUUUUGAAAAUUCUUUUGUCUGUACGCAGCUUAAUCUAAAUUUUA